GCAGGCGGAUACAGAGCAAAUUGUGCUAUGAAUUUUUAAGGCCUAGCUGAUGGCUCCCUCUUAUCCUGUAUUAUUUAAACUUUUCUUGAAAGGAGACCUUGAACGCAACCAUUUGAAACUUAAGUACUGAUUAGAAUGGAUGAUCAAAUUGAGUUAGUUAGUAAUUUGCUGAUAUUGAGAUAAAUGUUGUUUCUUAUAUGUUGAUUUUAAUUACACUUAGAGCCAAUUGCCUCAAGAAGCAUUUGUUUAAAUCAUUCCUAAAUAUUUUCUCACAGCCUAAAUUAUUCUAUUACAUUCGGCUCCUAUUAAUUGUUUCCUUAAUGCACAUAAUAUUUUAUAUUGGUAAAACUUGUACAACAUUUUUGAACACCUGCUAAUCUAAUGUAUCAGGUGUUUGAUAUAGUGGUA